AACAGCAGUAAACAUGGUCGAUGGUUUAGCAUCACGAAUGAUUUCACAAUACAUGUAAUCAUCAUAUCAGCUCCAACGUAUGCGCCCCACAGCUUCCUGCCCUGAGAGACACCAUCAAGGGCAUCUUCUUUUAUUUAACCUCGGAGGAGUGACUCUUGCUUCAUUCGCUUCCUGGUUCGAUGGGAGGAGUCGCUGUUAACUGAAGGCCAUCAUGGCCCCUGCAAGGACUUUGCUCCAGUGGGCCCGCUGUCAGGACGGUGCAUCUCCAAGUCAGGACCAGGAGAGGGAGGAGUACUGGGGAGAGCUGUUUGACCAGCUGGAUCUCAACAAAGAUGGAUUCAUUGACAUAGAUGAACUGCGAAAAGGGCUGGCAGGUCGAGGACUGUCCAAAGCUUCAUUAGAGAAGAUUGUGGCGGCAGGAGACAUCAACCAGGAUGGUGUGCUUGACUUGGAGGAGUUCAUCCAAUACCUUCGUACGCAUGAAAAGCAGCUCAAACUCAUGUUUCGCAGCCUUGACAAGAACAAUGACGGUCAGAUAGACGCUGCAGAGAUCCAGCAGUCUCUCCACGCUGUUGGCUUAGACAUCAGCCUCAGGGCCGCCACCAGGAUUUUAAAAAGUAUAGACAAGGACGGGAACAUGACCAUUGACUGGAAUGAGUGGCGUGACUACUUCCUGUUUAACCCACUCACUAACAUGGAGGAUGUGGCACGCUAUUGGAAACGUUCAAUGAUGCUGGAUUUAGGCGAGCAGCUGACAGUUCCAGAUGAAUUUUCUGAAGAGGAGAAGAAAUCUGGUUAUGUGUGGCGACAGCUAAUGGCGGGAGCCUUGGCUGGAUCAGUAUCACGGAGCGGGACCGCCCCCUUAGACCGCCUCAAAGUCUUCCGUCAGGUUUAUGGUUCCUCUGUGUUUCGAGGCAAUGUGCUGAGUGGUUUUCAGUACAUGGUGAAAGAGGGAGGAGUGCCGUCAUUUUGGAGGGGCAAUGGAAUCAAUGUUCUUAAAAUUGCCCCAGAGACUGCAAUCAAGUUUACAGCUUAUGAGCAGAUCAAGCUCCUAGUGUGUGGCAGGAAAGAUACCAAGAAUCUAAGGGUUCAUGAGAGAUUUCUUGCGGGCUCUUUGGCUGGGGCAAUAGCUCAGACAGUCAUCUACCCAUUAGAGGUUCUGAAGACUCGCCUCACACUAAGAAUAACAGGCCAAUUCUCAGGAAUGGCUGACUGUGCCAAGCAGAUCCUGCAGAGGGAAGGUGUUGCAGCCUUCUACAAGGGUUAUGUGCCCAACAUGUUGAGUAUUGUGCCUUACGCCGGCAUCGACCUGGCCGUCUACGAGACUCUGAAGUUUGCAUGGCUAAAUAGGAACAGAGGGGUGGCUGACCCAGGGGUUGUGGUACUGGUUGGUUGUGGUGCCAUUUCCAGUACAUGCGGGCAGCUGGCAAGUUACCCUCUUGCACUGAUCCGCACCCGAAUGCAAGCUCAAGACUCAGUGAAAGGAUCCCCUAAGCUCUCCAUGUCCUCCUUGAUUCACAAUAUUGUGACCCAAGAGGGUUUGGCAGGCCUUUAUCGAGGAAUUUCCCCCAAUUUGCUGAAAGUCAUCCCUGCCGUCAGCGUGUCCUAUGUCGCAUAUGAAUACACGAGGAUAGCCCUGGGAGUGGACGUGGAGGGUAGGCGGGGAGGUAGAGGGAAGGUGUAGAUGGUUUGUUGUGGCUGGCACAUACAGAACCUGCAUGAGGAAAUGGACCUUGACAGUGGAUGAAUUCAGAGCCCUGUGAUUGCAAGUCAAAGAGACAAGACAUCCCUGCCUUUGGAUGACCUCACCUGACCUGGCAAGUUGCUGUGAACAAUUUAAUGUUUGAGUUGCAUUGCACGGCAUGCCCAGCAGUCGUUGCUGCGUAAUAAACUAAUGAACUUGCCGUCAAGAAUUGCAUGAACUUACUUGAAAGGCGGCAGGUAGAGGGUGUACCAUAAGGAAUGGUGUGUUUUGAAAAUGCCAGAGGAUUAUACAGAUUUUUCUCCACCUCGCAGGUGAGCUGUAGAGAAGAUGGAUGCCUGGCAUGAGGACCAAUCCAGCAUCCCGAGGUCAUGGCAAACUUUGACACUUUUAAUGUGGACUGAAAUGUCUUAAGCAAAUGGUGUAAACACUGAAGGACAGAAGGGAUCAUCAGACAGUGGCUAUCUGCUCAACUCAAAAACAGUGAUCAUUCAGAGGGUAAAUAAGAACAUGUUUUUAUGGAAGUAUUACAAUAACACCUCUAGUCUCUAUAACCUUACACAAAAGGAUCGAUCAAAACUAAUUCCUUGAAUCCUGACUUGCCGGGAGAAUUGUUGGGUUAUCUUUCAAAAACACUUCAAUGUCAAUUGUCUUUUUACUUUUACUAUCUACCUACAAUACAACUUCUGGAUUAUAAAUGAGAAAAAUAUUUUUAUAAUGGCAAUAAGUACCGGCCAGUAUUUAUUUUUGAAUGACUGCAUUUUGAAUGUACUGCAUUUUAUUUGUCAUGAUACUUGCAUUGUGUUGGGCCUGUCGUUGUUGUUGGGUUUGGGAGAGUUGACCAUUUUACUUUGUUGGUUUCAGUGGGAAACAUCAACUCGAUAAAUAAGUGCAAAGCUACCUGUAUUUAUUUUUUAACGAUUGAUUUCUAAAGCACUGUUUUUUUGAUUGGCAUUAUGCUUGCAUUGUUUUGGCCCUGUGGUUGAUUCAAUGGGAAACAUCAUCAAAAUAAUUAAUAAGUGCAAUUAGGUCGUUCUGAAUUGUCAGUUAACGGGGUAGAUGAGAACAUGAUAAUAAACCAAUCAGUUAAAAUAACAUGAA